AUGAGCAAAGUACUUACAAGAAGACAGUUCGCACUACGCAGAGCCGCAGGCGAGAAUCUUGUUCUAUUAACGGAUAUACCAAAGAGACCAAGAAGGAUGGUUUACCAUGAAGUUGUUUCAGAAAGAAAUCAAAAUACACCAAUAACACCCUCUGAAACCACAACGGCAACAGCACAAAUGGAGAACGAUAUCCAAAACGAUAAUAUUGGUGAAUGCGCAACAACCUCAAAUAAUUUUUACACAGUUGAACAACACAGCGAGUCAGAAGAUGAGGAAUUCAAUUUCAUCCACACAAGAGCACGAAGAACUGUAUUGCCGUCAAAUCUAACAACAGAUCAAAAUACUCAAAUCAACAUCGAUACUCGCAGACAAGAAAUUAAAAUAAAACACCUGCAAACUGUUUUGAAGCAAGAGAUAGUUUUGAGUAAAGAAAUUUCCGUUGGUAGUCAAACCAUUCAAGGCUUUGCUGCUAAAAAAAAAGUCGUUGAAGACGAGCGUGAUAAAAAAAUAAAAGAGAUAAAUGAAAACGCCGACGCUACUUUGAAAAAUCUGGAUGCUGAGAAACAAAAAACGCUGAACAUUAUCAAGAAUAACAAGGAAAAAUUAAUUAAAAUCCAAAAAGCGCUGGCCACGCUUGAUGAAGCUUUAAAUUGA